AUGUCAGCAGCGAACAAUUUGACAGCAGAAUACCCUCCAAAUGGAGUUGUGGGCUUUGCAGUGUUAAUGACCCUGGUGGUCACUGGCAUUCUGGGAAAUGCCUUGGUCUGCAUGACUAUCAUACGGGCCAGGUUCAUGCAUACCACCACCAACUACCUGAUUGCACACCUCGCCCUGGCUGACCUGCUGGUGUGUGCCACUUUUCUAGCGUUCCAGGAACAUUUUAUUCAGUCCCCAAACGAGAUAGAAGACCCACUCCUUUGUGUGUUGUUUAAGAACCUACUCCUUGUUUGGUUCAUGGUGAACGUGUCGAUCGCGUCCAUGGUGUUGGUUACUUUUGAGAGGUACAUAGCAAUUGUGCACCCGCUGCACUAUCCGCGAUACUUAUCGAGUCGGAGGGUUCAGCUGGUGAUAGCUGGAAUAUGGCUGCUGUCGGCACCGCUCGCCUCGAUUCACAUAUUCUUGCCAAAUACCACUGCGUACUCGGAAGGGUGCUUGCAAGAUCUCACUCUCCGCAAGAACACAGUUACAGCACUCUAUGUUUUCUUAACGGCUGUGUACACCUUGCCAAUGUUAAGUCUCUUCUACUGUUACGGCCGGAUUAUGAUCAACCUGCACCGCAGUGCACGCCAGCACCGAGGGGCUAACGCCGGCCAUGCGGAGGAUUUGAACCGUGCUCAGCGAAAGGUGUCCCUCGUCUUGCUGACGGUGGCGGUCGUUUACAUUAUUGUCUGGGUCACUGUGACCCUGUCAAAUAUAUUUCUGCUGUUUUUUGACACGCCUGGCAGCGGUGUGUCAAAUAUAGUCAACCAGCUGUACUCCAUUCUCCUUGUCUUUAACUCUGUGAUCAAUCCGAUAAUCUACGCUUUCAGGUACAAGGAUCUACACACAGCACUAACUAGGGUAGUACAAUGA